CCAAUGCCUCCGCGGUGAACCCACAGCGCGACGCUGUCUUCUUGCUCCCAUCAUGGACGACUUCAAAGACCACGGCCUCGACGACUCCAAUUUUGGGGAAAGCAAUGCUCUCUCCGCCGUGAAGGCAUUCGAUGCAUUCCCCAAGACGAAACCGUCGUACCAGCAGCGCACCUCGACCGGCGGCGUGUGGACUGUAAUACUGAUAGUGGCUUCCGUAGCACUCACUUGGAGCGAGCUGGCUCGCUGGUGGAAGGGCGAGACCACUCACACCUUUGCCGUUGAACAGGGCGUCGGCCACGACUUGCAGAUGAAUCUGGAUACUGUGGUGAGAAUGAAAUGCGCCGAUCUGCAUGUGAAUGUGCAGGACGCCGCUGGCGAUCGUAUCCUGGCAGGCUCCGUCUUCCACAAGGACGGGACGACGUGGGAUCAGUGGGCGGGGAAUCGCAAGGCACAUGCGCUGGGCUCGACCAAGGAGGAGCGGCUCAGUCAGAAGGGCUCUGCCGCUUCUGCAGAGUACAGAGAGGAGGACGUACACCACUACUUGAGUUCUGCGCGAAUGAAGCAUAAGUUCGGCAGGACACCACACAUUCCCAGAGGAAGAGAGGCGGAUAGUUGCAGGAUUUACGGCAGCAUGCAUGGCAAUAAAGUCAAGGGGGACUUCCACAUCACGGCCAGAGGUCAUGGUUACAUGGAAUUUGGACAACAUCUGGACCACAGCACCUUCAACUUCAGCCAUCGCAUCACUGAGCUAUCAUUUGGGCCAUACUACCCCAGCUUGACGAACCCAUUGGACAAUACCUUUGCCACGACCGAGUCCAACUUUUACAAAUUUCAGUAUUACUUGUCUGUGGUGCCUACGAUAUAUACGGCAGAUGCCAAAGCAUUGCGCAAGAUUGAUAAAUAUCAUGAAUCACCAACCUCUGGGGACGAUGGGCUCAGUCAACAACCCAAACGGUACAGCAAGAAUACCGUCUUCACCAACCAAUACGCAGUCACCGAGCAGUCGCAUCCGGUUUCAGAGAGCUCAGUUCCAGGAAUAUUUGUGAAAUUCGAUAUUGAACCUAUCCAACUCACCAUUGCCGAGAAUUGGAGCUCCGUCCCGGCAUUACUCAUCAGGAUCGUGAAUGUGGUCUCUGGGUUGCUAGUUGCGGGCGGUUGGUGUUUUCAGAUCAGCGAAUGGGGUAAAGAGGUCUAUGGUCGUAAGAGCAAGCGUGCGGACGGCUUCGGCAUGCUCGAUGGUCGCCACGACAUGAAACAAGCGCUAUAGUUGUAUACAGCCAGCAGAUUUUCCAUAAGACUGGCCUUGAUAUAUUUUUUGCGUCUUUGCUCUGUAACAGCUGGCUACUUGAUUCUUUCUCCACCGACGAUAAGAGAGAGAGAGAGAGCAGAGCAUUCUCUCGAUAAAUGCGCAAUGCGUGCCCAUUCUGCCACAAUACGGUACGUCCACAUACUUGCCGCCGCACAAGGACCACACAUCCAUCAUCAUUUGGCCCAGUUGCCUUGACUGAGCGAGAGCAGUCCCUGGACACAGUCGAGUUCCUCUUCUCCUGCCGGGGCGUGCCUCUUGCGACCUUGAGCCAUGAAGCUGGACAGCUCCGGAUCAGCCUCCGGGUCAUCCACGCAAGACCGAUCUGACCGAGUUGUGGUUCCGCCGCGCCGUAAAGUAGAGUUAGUGCUCAAGUCGUCUCGACUCUCCAGAGCAGCGUCAUCAAAGUCGAGGUCACGGACCGGAGACCAAUUCUCCUUGUCUGACUCGCCGCUAUGCACAUACUUGGUGGAUGCGGAACCUGAUUUUUUGAGCUUGGAUGGUACCUGUGCUUGGUCAGGUCUUCCUUGCAGUCGUGCAAGGGCGGUUUGCGAUCGCAUUAGUGAUCUUCGCUUCGUACGCUUCGCGGAGGCUUCGUAGGCGCCCAGGGGUGCAUUGCGUUUGGCGGACAGCGGAGACAAGACACUGCGGCCAGACGAUGUCCGGAGUAGGCCAAUGGCACCAGUAGCAGACCCAUGCGACUCCUUCUCAGCCACGCCUUCUAAUUCAGAACGCGCAUCCUUGUCGCACCAGAACUCCCACGAUCGUGAGUCCCGUGAUCGCCCGUUAGAGGGUCGCGUGGAAGAAUUUCCCGAUGUAAAUAAGGGUCGGCCAUCAAGCUUACUAUGAAUAGCUGGCAGAAGAGCAGCUUGGGACGGCCGAGGAGGCGAGGGUGACGAGGUGUCUUGGGUAGUCACGAUAGCGUUGCCCUCCGCAUUCAUUGACAAGCGAAUGGCGUUCGACUUCUUCCGUGGACGCCCGGGUUCGCAGCUAGCUGAUGGUGGUAGAGGCACAGCAGUUUCUGAGAAGCUACGAUGAAGAGAGGUGGCGCUUCGUCUAUUGGCCAGAUGCCCUAUGUGAGAUGUGGCAAACAUCGGAGACGAGAUCGAAGCUGCUCUGUUGAUCAUUGGCUGCGGCGCUGAUAGAAGAGCUGGUGCAGCCUGUGAAGGAGGCUCCACGGGUGUCUUCUCAGUUUGGUGAAGUCCUGGUUCAAAUUGGUGCUCCCGUGUAUCUUCUUCUGAAGCUGAUUGCGAUGGACUCGGUAUGUCCUGGCGGUUGAGACUAUGGCCACGUAUACUUGGAUCAACGGACUGUCUGGCCAGUUCAUCAUACCCGCGACCUGGCAAUUGUGCGUUCACUGAUUUGGCCAUUUGGUACUGUGCGAUUUCAUGUGGCAACAGAGGCCUGCCAGACUUCCUUCUGCAGCUUUGUCUUCGGUUCUGAAACCAGAUCUGGGCCUCCCUAUUAGAACAGCACCUUUUACAGUCUGGCUGCUGAUGUUGCGAACCUGAACUUCCUUCUCGCCGAGCGCCACCUGCUCUACAAGCUGUAACCGAGCAGCCUUAUCGGGUUUUGCAUCCAGCUUGUACGCAGCUUCUAGAACAGCCUGAUCAUCUGGACUUGUCCUCUUUCGUUUCUGGCGAGCCAGUCUUUUGUCGUCUGUACUGGAUGACGGAUCGUCUUGCAGACCCGUCGAGGGGCCAGCAACUCCCUGACUGCCCGACGGCGACAUACUCGGUGCAUUAGGCGAUUCGUUGUCCAUUGGGGAUGUGUACAGAAUGCCAGUAAUGUUUGGAGUAGGUAAAGGUGAG